AUGGGAAAGAAGAGCAAGACGGGAAAAGCCCGUCGUGAUAAGUUCUACCAUCUCGCCAAGGAGAGCGGCCUCCGUGCCCGUUCCGCGUUCAAGCUGCUGCAACUGAACCGCCAGUAUGACUUCCUCACAGGAGCCAGCGUCUGCAUCGAUCUGUGCGCUGCGCCUGGUGGCUGGAUGCAGGUUGCCAAGGAGGCAAUGACAAAGAACUCAAACACAACCGUGAUUGGCGUGGACCUUGUGCCGAUCCAGCCCAUCAAGGGCUGCAUCUCCAUCCAGGCAGACAUCACCACAGAGCACUGCCGCGCGCAGCUGCGCAAGAACAUGAACCACAGGAAGGCCGACGUGGUGCUGCACGAUGGUGCCCCCAACGUCGGUACCUCCUGGAUUCAGGACGCCUUUACCCAGGCCGAGCUUGUGCUGCAGUCCCUGAAGUUGGCGACGCAGUUUCUGCGCAAGGGCGGCACCUUUGUGACCAAGGUGUUCCGGUCACGUGACUACCCGAAGCUGCUGUAUGUCUUUGGCAAGCUGUUUGAGAAGGUGCACGCCACAAAGCCCUCAUCAUCGCGUAACGUCUCCGCAGAGAUCUUCGUCGUCUGCCAGCGGUAUGUUGCGCCGCACCGCAUUGACCCGCGGCUGCUUGACUCUCGCACGGUCUUCAGCGAGGUUGAGCCCGAGAAGGAGGAGCCAAAUGUCCUCCAACAGAAGGAAAAGAAGAAGAACAAGCCAAAGCCAGAGGGUUACGAGGAAGGCAACUACACGCAGUACAAAGACGUGAAUGUCGACGAAUUCAUUCGCGCGAAUGACUUUAUGACAAUGCUGUCGACGUACUCAGCAUUCACCUUCUCUCCAAACAGCCCGCUGCUGAAGCUGCCGGAGACGACGCCAGAAAUCAAGGCCCUGUGCGAGGACUUGAAGCUCCUUAACAAGAAGGACUUCAAGACGCUGAUCAAGUGGCGGCAGAAGAUGCGCGGGUGGCUGCGGGCGCUUGCAGAGGAACAGAUUCGACGCGACGGCGGCGAUGGCAAUGAUGACAACAAGACGGACGAUGCCAAUGGUAACGCCGAUGGUGACGAGGAGGAGAGCGAUGAGGACGAGGACGACGGCCUGCUGUCUGCACUGAAGGAUGCCGCUGCAAAGGAGCGGGCGAAGAUGAAACGUCUGCGCAAGCGCCGCACGAAGAUGAACCUCAAGCUCAAGGAGAGGCUCAGUCUCCAGAUGGACACGCCGCAGGGCUUGACGGACGACAACGGGACGCUGUUUGACCUUCGCGGCAUCCGCUCUGAGGAGCAGCUCAAGGCUGUGACGGAGGCCGACGACUUUGACGCCCUCCAGGUGCCCUGCAAUGACGGCCCUCCGACAAUCGCAUGCAAUCGCCUGCAACAGGGUGCUCUGUGUAAUGAACUUGAGGAGCAGCUUGACCAGCACUACAACAGUUAUCUGGAGCGAAAGAAUGUCAAACUUGCAGAGACCGAGCACAAGAAGCGCAUUCAACGCGCCUUGAAAGGCGAUGACGCCAAUGCUGACGGUGUUGAAGGCGGCGAGAGUGACGAGGACGUGGCGAAUGCAGGCAGCGGUGACACGGUGCUUGUGCGCUCACACAAGAAGACAACGAGUGCUGCGGCGAACCGGUGGUUUGCCCAGGCUGGCCUUGACGACCUCGACCUCGCCGAUGAUAUUGACAUGGAGAGCGAUGCAGAGAACACGUCUGGCAGCGGCAGCGACACGGGCAAGCGACGCAGCGGCGCUGGAGGUGAUGCUGAUGGCAGCAACGGGCCGGCCGCGAAGAAGGGCAAGAGUGGUGCAGUGGGUGAUGGUGUUGACGAUGAGAGCUGGGCGGAGGAGCUUGGGCUGCAGCUACACAAGGAGGACCUUGAGGACGUGUCUGACGUGUCGGACACAGAGGACGAGGAGGAGGAGAGCGGUGAUGAAGACGGGGAAGGCAGGAAGAAGCAGAAGAAGAAGCAGAAGCAGAAGGAUGCCGCGCAGCCAAUGGUCCCCUCUGCAAAGAAGGCGGCGGGCGACGGCGCUGAGGAGAAAGAGGGUGUGUCUGCAGCUGCAACGGCCAUGCGUGAGGUUGCACAUGUGCUGAAGAGUGACACGCCCGACGCCGCAGCCAAAGGCGGCACGAGCGAUGAUGACGACGAGAAGGCGAAGAAGAAGAAAAAGGCGAGGAAGGCAGCGGAAGAGAAUGCCUUUGAAGAGGUGCCGCUGGAGAAGCCCAUGGCAGCGAAGCCGUCGCUUGAUGCAGAGGGCCUUGCCCUUGCCACAGAGAUGGUGGUGCGCAACAAGCGCCGCGCCAUCAUCGACCAGGCAUACAACCGCUAUGCGCACAACGACGGGCAGCUUCCCGCCUGGUUUGCAGACGAGGAGAACCCGCACAUGAAACCCAUGAAGCCCAUCACGAAGGAGAUGGUGCAGCAGAUGAAGGAGUACGAGCGAGAGCUCAACGCCCGCCCCAUCAAGAAGGUGAUGGAGGCAAAGGCAAAGCGAAAGCACCGCCUCGUCAAGUUCAUGGGCAAGGUCAACCAGCAGGCCGCCGUCAUUGCCGACAACGACACACUCACAGAACGCGAAAAGGUGCGGCAGAUUGAGCAGCUGUACAAGAAGCUCCGGGCCAAGCGCAACCAGCACGAGCGCACAAAGCUCGUUGUUGCCCGCAGGUCGACAGCAAGCAAGAAGCCCACCAGGCCCAAGGGUGUCACUGGGCGCUACAAGAUGGUGGAUCGUCGCAUGCUCUCAGACAAGCGCGGUGAGGAUAACGCUGCACGCCGCAAGAAGCGCAAGCAGAAGCGCAAGCACCGCUAA